AUGGGCGGCGGCAUGGGCGGCGGCUGCAACCCAAUGGCUCAGCAGCAGAUGAUGAUGCAGCAACAGCAGCAGAUGAUGAUGCAGCAGCAGCAAAUGAUGAAUAACAUGAUGAUGGGAGGCGGCGGGUGCGACAUGAAGAAGAUGCAAGAGAUGAUGAAUCAGAUGAUGGGCGUCUCUGGAUCCAAGAAGGAGAAGAAGGGCGACAAGUCGGGCAAGAAGAAGCCAAAGAGCAACGACAUGGUCAUCUUCGUUGGAGGUCUGCGCAAGACUACCGAAGAGGACAGAGUCACAGCCCACUUCGCGAAGUUUGGCCAGGUGGAGCAGGUAGACAUCAAGCGGCUCCCCGAUGGCACUUCUCGGGGUUUUGCGUUCGUCAAGUUCUCCGACCACGACGCAGUGGAGAAAGUGAUCGAUGCCCAUGCGAAGCACAUGAUUGACAACAAGUGGGUGGAGGUCAAGCGCCACGACGGCAUCGCCGCAUCAGCCGGGCUUACCACCUCCAUGCAGAAGGCCACAGAGGAGCCUGAGGAGGAGGCAGAGCCCCCGGGAGAGGAGUUUGCUGAGAAGUGGUCUGAGCAGUAUCUCGCGAUGGCUUCGAAGCUCGCCGAGAAUGAGAAGGACGGUGGAGGCGAAAAAGAAGCCGGCAAAGAAAGUGGCAGUUCCAAGAAGAGCCCCUUCGAGAAGCUCAUGAAGCAGAUGGGCAUGGAUCCAGCCGUCAUGAAGCAGAUGGGCAUGGACCCGAAGCAGAUGGAGGGCAUGUUCAAGCAAAUGGGCAUUGACCCCUCCAUGAUGACGCAGAUGAUGGGAAGCCCGGCCGAAAACAUGUACUUGUAUCAUUUCGACGGAUACUCCUGGCUUUGGUUGCAAGAUGCAGUCGGGCCCGAUGUGGACUCUUGGACCCUGGCAUACUGCGCUUUCAUCGCUGCUGUCCUGGUGGCAAUGGUGGCAUGGGCGGAUGUGGCCCAGGCUGCGGUCCGGGAUGCAUGGGCCCUGGCUGUGGCGGCUGCGGUGGAUGCGGCGGCUGCGGCGGUGGAGGAGGACGAUGCAUGGGAUGUGGUGGGUCUGGUUGCGGCAACGAGUCGCUUCUUGGUGGCAGAGUACCCGUCGUGGGUCAGCUACUUGCGUCGGCGCCCUCGGACCGCCGUGACCGCUCGCGGUCGCCUCCCAAGGGAGGAGGUGGUGGCACAGGUCCCGGGCCUUGCGGACCUUGCGGACCCUGCGGCCCGGGCCCUUGUGGCCCUUGCGGCCCAGGACAUUCUUCUGCACACCCAACUUUUCGCACUGUUGGCUCAGAGCUUCAUGGGCUUCUUUCUCCCCAUGAAACAGUUUGGGAUUCAGGGAAAAGAAACAGAGCGCCUUCAAGGACCCUGUGGCCCCGGCCCCUGUGGCCCAUGUGGCCCGGGGCCCUGCGGCCCCUGCGGUGGUUGCUUAGGCUUCUUGGCUGAUGAUAACACAGCUCCAUUGCUUCGCCCGUCGGCGAUCAAUCACAGAAGGAAAAAAGAAGGCGAGCCGAUCAUUCGCAUUAUUCGCAAGACGGGACGCUGCGCUUGUUCCAAGUUUAACGGCAUACGGGCAUACCCUUGA